AUGCCUGGAUUAUUUUGUUGCAAGCCUGGGUGCUUGACAAGAAGAAAGAAUAAGAUAUCUAGAGAGUAAAAGUAAAUGAAAUGGCAUUCAAGUCCUCGAGAAAGAAGCAGGAAACAAUGAAAUGGUGAAAAGAAGUCUUUAUCAUACAUUACUUGUGCCCUAAUUUCCUAAGUUGGUACUAUAAGUUGACUACCAUAAAGAGUUUUUAAAACUGAACUUUCGAGCGUUAGCCCCUUAUCUGGCCGUUUUGUAAUUGCGCCCUAGGCAUUUGUUUACAAGCCGACGAAAGACCACGAUAAAUCAGGUCCAAGUUGAUCGAUUGAAUGCACACAUUUGAGUACUUUAUGAGAGGCGCAACUUCUUCCUCUUCGUAACGGGGACACCAAGACCACAAUAACCAGUGAACAAAAACGCAAAAAUUUACAAAUCUCUUACAAAGCCCCCUAGUAGUACAUCCGGGUGUUGCACCAUGGACGGCGCCAUGUUUGAAGCAUCUUCCGCUCCAUAAAGAUAUUUACUUUCCAUGUAACACAAAAUGAAUUGUCCCGCUCUUCUUCAACUUAAUUUUUCGCCAAUCCAUUGGAUAAAUCGCUAUCCAGUGAACAGUGCAGUACAUUUUCUAAACAGUUAUCCGCUGGAUGGCAAAUUAUCCGUCGGAUAGUGUUAUCCGCUUUUCUACAACUGGGCUCUGUUGUUUUAUUUUAGUAGUUUGUUUUGGCCCCUUUCUUACACAGACAGCUUGUUAAUCAUUCAUCAAGAAAAACCUCCCCAAAUACAAGCAUCAGCCUAAAUUCAUAAAUUUUAAUUGGUUAUUUAUUUAUUGAUUCUUCCUACAACCUGCAUAAUGUAGAUGCAAAAGUUAUGAAACUGUAACAGUGGACCCGGAAACACUAAACAGUAGCCACGUUGAGGUUAAGCUGAAUAGCGCCGACCACAUCACGAGAUUUAUACCUUUACUAGAACAAACUUCCGCUCAUUGAAAAUUUUAAACUUUUGCCUGAAAUGUGCUCAAACCUGAAUAACUUGCAGAUAACUACAUGGUUGAGGGUAUAAUAAUGUUAGUUCCAAAAUAUACAAAGAUGUGACGAUUUUCAGUUCAUGUGACAAAUUUCAAUUUAAUUUUGGAAUAAUUACAGUGCAUUUGCACAACGCGAUAAAUCACUCUUUUAAAAAGUGUAUUAAAUCAUAAUCUUUUGAAACCAAUUCUGGUUUCUGAAAAAUGGUAAAAGUUGUAAGGUGUCAAUAGGAACUCAAAGUAAAGACAUAUCACUGGCCUCAAGUUAAAGAGACUUUGGCAACUCCGCUGAUCAAUUCCAAGCUUCAACAUCCCCCCCUCAGGCAACCCAUGGGUAUUUGAUUGUCAUCCAUGCCUGGGGAUAGAGAAAUUUGAACCUUGUCUAGGCGGGUUGGAGCAUUUGAGCUACAAGUGUCAAUUUUUUCCUGCAUAAUACACCUGUUUACUGGAGGAGUUAAAGGGUAAUGAGUCUACAACAUUCUUUUAUCGAACAAAGAAUCAUUCAACGAUGAGUGGGGCAUUUGAAUGCAAUUAUUUUGACGGAGGGGGGGUGGGGAGUAAAACAAGCCAAUCUUCAAAAGUACAAAUGCCAGGGGAGUCGCUUAGGGAAAGGGAAUGUUUAGGCUUCGAAGUGACUAACGCAUCACCAGCCACUCAAAAAAAAUAGCAGCAAUCAGGACCACAGACCAAGUCAAUAUUGGUCUUAUUUCAAUUUGAAGUCUGAUUAGUUGAGAGAGGAGAGUUUUCUAGUCAUGAUCACUGUUCACGGCAAAACUAAACCAAAUGAAUGCAUUUAACCAUAUUACUUUCAACCCUCCACUGAAAAUUGGAGUAUAGGGAUAAAUUACGUUUACGUAUUACAACCAAGCAAACCUUCAAAAUAGAAACCUCACAGAGGGUGACAAAAGCUUUCACAAAUAAAAUCUGUGUGAGCAACAUAACCUUUUUUUCAGUGGGAGAGUUCGUAGGAGCCUAUGUGAACAAUCGUGUCAAACGGUUUCAAUUCAUUUUGUGCUGUUUGAAAUUCAUGUUCAAUAAUUAAAAGAAUCAAAAAGGGAGAAUGACUUCAUGUUACGGACCAUUCGUUAUUGAUACUAGCGGUUGGGUUGAGUGUAAUUCAGCAGUUUCCAUUGAUUUUGCGAGUGAUUGGCCUUAGUUCCAUAGCCGACGUUUCAUGCAGUACAAAUAAGACUGUGUCCCUGGUAAAUGUUUACCACUGAACGCUUGAUCAUUCCAAAAAGUGUUUUUUUUUCUCCAUAGCUCUGGUAAGGAAAACGUAAAGAAAACAGAAAAAGGUAAAUGUGUUUUGCUGUUGCAUGUCUUGAAGAUUCAUAGACAGGCAAAUGAUAUAUAAGUGCUUGCUUUAUUUAUCUCCGGUUUGAUGGUGAUGAUGGAAUCUUUUUUUUCUUCGAAGAAUAAUGGAAUUUCUUUCAAAGUAUCCAAAAAUAAAAAUUCGGAUCAACAAACCGUGGCGUUUAUCAAGUUAGUAAUCUUGUCUUACAGUGAUGUCCUACUUCCUAAUUUUCUUCCGCGGCUCGUCACGAUUACUCAUUCUCAGUCACGAACUAUAGUUCUACAAAGACAUCUAGAAUCAUUUAACAGAUUUUUUUCAAUAAGUAAGGUAACUGCAAUGAAUGGAUCUCCUUCGUGAUUGGGCAAUCGAAGGGUACAAAUGUCAUCUUGUUGAUAGUUCCGUCAAUCAGGUCAAGUCGAAUUACUAUAAAACUGAUACGUGAUCACAGUAAACACAGGUUUUCAAAGUUGCAAAAUGUUGGCUAAACUUGGAUCAGACGCCCUUCCCUGUCAAAAUGCCGAAUUUAAGAUUCCAUCUAUCUACCCCGUUGAAUUAUUCUUCGUAGCAAGAAACGUGUUAUUCAAUUUUUGAAACACGCGACUUGAAAACAUUCCCAUUGUAACAUUAUGCAUUAUGUGACUGCUUUUACAAACUAGUUAUUUAAGAGUCUCUUAGUCUCAAUCGUAAGAGAGCGAAAUUGGAAUAUCAUAUGUGACUAGAUUCCGUAAAUAGACUAAGUAAAAAGGAUUAAUGAAAUAUUUUCAUUUUCAAACAGAAUUCACUCUAGCAUCUUUCAGGUGUUUGAAAUCUUCCAUAGAUAGAUUAAAAUUUUUUCUUCUUCUGUGGCUAGAUUUACUGCAAAAAGAAAAAACUAAUCUCCAUUGUUUUAUUCCGCGCGUAAAAAUCGGAACUGAACAUGACCCUUUUGGCCUAUAAAACAUUUCUCUCUCUGAUGGGGCCUGAAUGUCACGCAGCCAGUUGCGUGACGAUCCCAAAGUAAAUCUUCUAUUUGGACAAGAAUAAAUUAGAGUGGCUAAUUUCUAACAUCACUGUGAAAAAGGAAAGUUCAGUUUUUCAGUUUCUUAAAGAAAUAUCUUCUAGCCAAUUUAGAAUAACUCUAAAAGUCUAUUUUGGACAAAUUUUUUUUAGAUUCUUUACUUGCGUGACUUGUUUUCUCUUAUUAUUUGAAAAACACUCUUCUCCUUGAAACAGAAUCUCGAGCAUUUCCAACUAUAUACUCAAUUGGCAGCCAUAGAAACUACUCUUACUCGAGAAAAGCUCAGCUUAUUUCGAAAUCCGUGCGAGUCACCCAAGUAUUUGACGCUUUCAUUUUCUAAGAAGACCGCGUGACUCUGGGGACUUCCUGCUGUCAAUUUAACAUCUGACUGCCUCAACUUUCUGUAUAAAGAGAUCGUCGAUUCUAAAGCUUUCCAUUCCAUUUGCAAUAACCGAAAAAUCAAUAUCAAGAGAGACUAGGGACUACAGAUCAAGCUUGGAGAAAAACCCGUCACAAGGCAAAUAUGGUCGAGGUACGGUAAACUUACUAUACAUUUAACUUUCCAACCCAUUCAAUCGUGGAUUCCAUGCAGUUAAAUUUUCAAUUAAGCCCGUGCAAUUCAUUUCUAGUCGCCUGGUGCUAUGUUCGAUUUAGAUCCUAAAAGAUGUUCCGGUUUUGUUUUUUCAACUUUCCCGGACAGUCAAUUGAAAUCAGCGCGUGCGCUCGAAUGGACAUCCCCGAGCACAGACUUAGCAGAAGCGGAAACCUCUUCAUAGCUGAUUUGCCGAAGAGCGAACCUGGUCGUCAAAUUCCUGUAGAGUUUACUGGGAGCCAUAGGGGCUACAAAACAGGUAAAUUUAAGCGUAUGGUAGGCUGUGAUCCUCACAAAGGCUGUUAUGAAGCUUUUCUGCAUGUUAAAAGUGGCAUAGUCCAAAAUGAUCGCGCAUAAUGUAACUGACUCGAUGCCGAUUUAAGUGCAAGUGGACCUUAAUGUGUUUAUAAAUUGACUUUAUUGUAAAUGUAAUCUACAUGUAAAGACACCUACCGAUUUUUGUCUCUCAUUUUCAAUUUUGACGGCGAGUUAAUUGCAAAACUGCUUUAAAUGACGCCCAAAUAUCUGUGAACAUUCGCAAGGCCUUGUUAAUCUAGUCAUACUAGCAACUUUUGUGUUAAAAUUAUUCCAUAUAGUAAUACAGAACUUUUCUGCUUUUGCAAUUAACGACUACGUAAAAUUCGAUAACUAGUUUUCAUGAAGUGUUUUUGUCAGAGAACAGGAAAAAAACUUUGGGCUUGUAGGUUCCCUGUGUUUUAAACCCAGCUUCAAAACACUAUUCAGCAUGCCACUAGACUGAUCACAUGACUAAAAUAAUCUUCAGUAUGGUUCAGAGGUAAAUUAAAUAUACAUUAAAAAAGUUCAGUUUACCUCAAAUAAUAAAUUAGACUUUUUUAUUUUCAUGUAUCUAGUAUUUUACAUAGAAAAAUCUUAUAAUUAUGGGGCACAUACUAUAAGAUAUGACUUGGAUGGCAGCCAUUACUACCUGUGUGUAGAAGGAAACAGGGUGUUUUUACAGGUGAGUUGUAAUUUACUGCGGUUAUGAAAUUAUUAUCACUUUUCAACUGCAACUUCCCAUAAACAAAUUACUUACGUAACUAUUUAGCACAAAGAGUGGGCAAAAAGUAACUAUUUGAAUCUCUUUCUUGGUUUACAUUCUUAGUUAUUUUAUGCGGAAAAUGAUUAUUUGUGGAAUAACUUUGAAUCAUUUUGUAGUAAUGACUUGCCCCCCGACCUGACCUAAUGCAGCCUUGUGUUACUUGCAGUAAAGUUACAACUGUCUAGUUUAGGUUGUUAAUAGGCCAUUUUACAGUUUUGCACUGGGUACAAGCCUUUCUUUGACCUUGUUGUGAUUCAGACCAGUAUCUUUUUAUUUGUAUUUUCAGGUUUGUUGCAAGGUGCCCAAAUUCCUGAUGAAAUGAAAUGGACCAUUCAUGUUUUAUUUUCAGUUGGGUGUCCAUCAGCCUGAUGAAAUGAAAUACAUCUUUGAACUUCAACAUGUCAACAAAGAUAGUGAUUACAUGUCUAUUAAGUCUAAAUACACUGGGAGGUACCUUGCCAGUGAUGAAGAUGGAAAGGCAUUUGUGGAGGAAGUCAAACCUUCCUUAAUGAAAGACAACCAGCCGACUGACAGACAAACAUGGUUCCUUCUACACUUUGUGGAAACGGUGAAAAGAGAAAGAGAAAGUACAUUAUACAGUUGUAACUUUGAGAGCACAAGUAUUAACUAUUCUGUCACAUGUCAGGCUCAAGUGGAAGCCUGUUAG